CGUGCAGAGCAGAGCACAGAGCAGCUAGCGUGCACGUCGUGAGCGCGCGGGAAGAAGUCCCCUGUGUCUCGCUUUUAUCGAGCAGUAAUAUUAAGGACACACAGUAAGAUGACACGUUUCGCAAUGAAUUGAUUUGUUUGAUAUAAAUUCUGAGGAAAAACAACCAGAACGCGCUAUGAAAAGUCACUAAUGAAGACGAUCUCCUCACAGACUCAUCUCGAGAGAAGGCGCGAGACUUCAUUGAGUUAAGACAAGUUUUUCUUCAACAGUUUUAAAGUCAGUCAGAAAGACAGUUAAACAUUGAUAUAACAGUGAAGAUGAGUACAAAUAUGUGAGAACUGAUAUAUUCGAGUUAUCAUCCUUGUUCAGUUACACUAUGUUUUACUAUACAAUUAGUUACGGGUUAUUUGUAUUAAAACUUGAGGAUAAAAAAAUACAGUUAUAUAUAGGAUAUGCAUAUUGACACCAAAAAAUAGUAUAUAUAUUUUCUUAUUGGCUUAAAGUACAGUUCAUAAGGACUGCUUUUCAGCGGUACCCAAUACAAGCACACUGACAGUAAAUGGACGAGACCAACCAUGCUACAACUUUAUUUUUGGACAGACUAUGGAUAACACUCACUUACAUUUCAUAUUUGUUAUCAGGGGAAAUUGGGUGUGACCACCUGUGAAUAUUUUUUUUUGUGCAGAGGGUUGUAAUUUGGCUUCUACUGUAAUGUUUUGACAUGCAGUUCCACAAUGUCAACGCCAGAGGGCAAAAUACUUGGGUAUAUUUGUUAUUUUAUCCAAUUUCAAUUGUACUGUAUUACUGGCUGCCUUAACGAAAAUUAACCAUUGUGUUACUACAGUUAAAAAAAUUGGUUACUGAAUUAAACCACGGUUUUGCCGAUAGUGAUCAAUAAACAAAACAAAAAACAUGGUUACUACACUUUUACCACUUUUUUAUUUACCUAAAACUCAGAGCAAAUAUGAGAAAGUAUAAUUUCAGUGGUUAAAUUAUCCUAACUGGUUCAUUCCUAUAAUUAUUUAUACACUUCUAAAAACUUUUGGAAUCUCUUGUAGAAAGACAAACAUUUUUCCUUUUUACUUCAUUUCAUAAUAAAAGGAGUCUAUGAUAGAGAUUUCAAAAUUCAUCCAGGCCAAAUCUAAGCACUUCAAUUAUACCAUUUAUAGAGACACAAAUGACUGACAUAAAAUGUCCACCCUGUUACGGACAAACACAUGAUAACCUAAUAGGCUAAUAAUAGAGGAUUUUGUAUAAUUCUUGAUUUAUUAAUACUACAAAAAUCCCACAUGCACACAAAUACAGGUAAGUGUGAAGUCAUGUGACUGGUGCUGCCUGUUUGGUUAGUUUUUACCUGCCUAUCGUGUCUGACUGCACCCAAACUCAGAUCUCUUCCUGCUCUCAUGGAGUUAAUAAAAGAUCAUCUUAACAUGAAGAAACCUUAACGUACAGGUAACAUGAAACUUUUUGUUUGUAGUAUGAUUGUAUAUGUAAUUAUUAGGCACUAAAUAAUGAGUUCAGUAAUAAACGUGUCAAUGAGCUUCGGGAACAGCAGACAGUUUCACUUUCACCUCCUGUCACAGAACCGACUCAUAAUCAUAUCUCUGUGUUUAACAUUUUGUUGAGAAGAAUAACUUUGAAGUGUAACACACACAAUUUAUAAACACGAUGCAUUGAGAGUUUCUGCAUGUAGAUCGACAAGUUGUACUAAAAUAAAUCUUGUGAGGGAUAAUAGGGUUUUUUCUGUGGCUAUAAGAUGAUCGUCUGAAGAUUAAAUAAAGACACUGAAGACAGAAACAUGUCCAGCACUGACAGCACAGUGUCUGUUGUCCCCAAUCCUGCUCGCAGGACAAGACGGAGUAUGGACCAUCCUCCUUAUAUGAGGAUUGUUGUGUUGGGUAAAGAUGUGUCAGUAAACAGUCGAGUAGGAAACUUGAUAUUAGGAAGAUCAGCGUUUGAGAGUGAAUCUCCUCCAGAUGAUCAUCAGUGCUGUGAGAGAGUCCGAGGAAAACACAUGACACUCAUCAACUGUCCUCAUCUGCUCCAGCACAACCUCUCAUCCCAUCACAUCACACAGACACUGAGAGAGUGUGUGUCUCUGUCUCAUCCAGGACCUCACGUCAUCAUUCUCAUCUUUAAACAUGAUGAUGAGUGUUCAAGAGAAGAUCAAGAGCACGUGAACAUGAUCCUCAACUCUUUCUCUGACAGUGUUUAUGAACACACACUGGUGUUGACCACACACGACUCACCACACACUCAUGUCAAUGACAUUAUACAAGAAAUUAUAGACAAAUGUCUUAACAAACACUACAGACUGGAGAGAAACAGCUCCCCUUCUGAAUUUAAAGAGACAUUAGAGAAUAUUGUGCAAAUGAACAGUGGACGACAUCUGAUGUGUGAAGAAUCUCUCACAAUGAAGCAGCAGACAGAAGAAAGAGAUGUUGUGAAGCUGAAUGUGGUUGUGUGUGGAAGUGACAGAAGAUUAAAAAGCUUCAUCUCAAAGCUGAUGUUGAAUGAGAGCAGCAGAAGAUCAGACAUGAGAUCAGAUUGUGUGCUGAUGAAGAGAGAGAUGGAGGUGUGUGGAAGUCUGAUCAAUCUGCUGGAGCUUCCAGCUCUCUUCAACACGUCACUGUCAGAUGAUGAACUGACACGUCAAACGCUCUGCUGUCUGUCUCUCUGUCAUCCUGGAGCUCACGUGUUCCUCCUCAUCGUUCCUGUUGGUCCACUGACUGAUGAACACAAAGCUGAAAUGCAGGAGAUGCACAGAAUAUUCAGCUCAAGAAUCAGAAAUCACAUGAUGAUCCUGAUAAUGCAGAAGUCUGAAGACACAACAGCAGAACUGGAUGACGUCACACAGUCGGUUAUUAAACGUUAUGCAGCUCAAGGUCAUUUCUUUCAUCCAAACACACAAGUGUCCACAUUACUGGAGAGAAUUCAGCAGACGGUAGAAGAUAACAGAGGAGCUUCUUUCACUACACAAACAUUUUUAGAUGAGCAGAUGAAGAGGAUGAAAGAUGAAGAGAUGAAGACACAAAUCCAUUUACCAGAUCUUUCAGAGAUCACAGAUGAGGUGAGGAUUGUGCUGUUGGGUAAGACUGGAGUUGGGAAGAGUGCCACAGGAAACACAAUCUUAGGAAGAGAAGCGUUUACAUCAGUAGAAUCCUUUGAAUCAGUGACCAGCGAGUGUCAGAAACACACAGCAAAGAUCAAGAAGAGAUUCAUCACUGUGAUCGACACUCCAGGACUGUUUGAUACCGAACUGAGUCAAGAAGAGAUUCAGAGAGAAAUGACCAACUGUAUCUCCAUGAUUCUGCCUGGACCUCAUGUGUUUCUCUUACUGGUUCCACUGGGACGCUUCACUCGAGAGGAGGCUAUAGCAGUGAAGAUCAUUCAGGAGACGUUUGGAGAAAACUCUUUCAUGUACACCAUGGUGCUCUUCACCAGAGGAGAUGAUCUGAAGAAGAAAACUAUUGAAGAGUGUUUGGGAAAACCUGCAUCUCCUCUGAGAAACCUGAUAGAAGAGUGUGGAAACAGAUAUCAUGUGUUCAAUAACGCUGAGACUGAAGACCGCACACAAGUUUCUGAUCUACUGGAGAAAAUAGAUCACAUGGUGACAGCAAACGGAGGCAGUUACUACUCAUGUAAGAUGUUCAGAGAGAUGGAGAGAGAAAAACAAGAACAACACAUGAAGACACUGAUGGAGAGAAUAAAAGAAGUGAGCAGAGAGAAAGAAGAAGAGAGAGAGAGAAUGACGAUGAUGAUGGAGGAAGAAACACAGAAACAUGAGAGAGAGAGAAAGACAAGAGAAGAAGAGAUUAGAGAGAGAGAAGAGAGAUAUAAAAGAGAACUAAAAGAGAAAGAGAGACAGAUGAGAGAUGAGAUUCACAAAGAACAAGAGACAUUUAAAAGGGAAAUAAAGGAACUGAAGCUACAGAAUGAAGAAUAUGAGACGGAGAUCAAGAGAAUAAUGAAGGAUUUAGAAAAAGAAAGACAGAAUGUUGAGGAGAGAAAGAGAAGAGAAACAGAAUAUAGUGAGAGAGAAGAACAAUAUAAAAGAGAAAUAAAAGAGAUGAGAAGAGAGCGAGAGGACCGGGAGACACAGACACGAGAAGAGAAUGAAAAAACGAGAGAAAGAGAGAGAGAAAUGUGGGAUGAAUAUAAUAAGAGACUGAAACAAGAGCGAGAGGAGAUCAAAGAAGAGAAAGAGAGAAUAGAAAGAGAAAAAGAGCUGAAACAUACCGGAGAAAUAGAGAGAUUAAAAAAACACACUGAAGAAGAAAAACAGAAUCAAGAGAGAGAGAAGACGAGAAGAAAAGAAGAACACAAGAGAGAAAUGAAAGAUGUGAGAGAGAUGAGAAGAGAACGAGACUCAUUUAAGAGUGAAAUAUCAGAACUGAAGAAAGAAAACAAAGAUCUCCUGAUCAAAUAUGACACACAAACAGACAAACUGAUGAAUAUAAUAGAGAAUCAUGAGAGAGAGAGAAAGACAAGAGAAGACGAGAUUAGAGCGAGAGAAGAGAGAUAUAAAAGAGAACUAAAAGAGAAAGAGAGAAAGAUGCUUGAGGACACGAGAAGAGAGCGAGAGGAAUGGGAGAGACUGAGAAGAGAAGAAGAUGAGAAAGAGAACCAGAUUCAUGUGGAAGAGUGUGAGAGACUCAAGAGAGACAUGGAGGAAAUCAUGAGAGAGAAAGAGAGAAUAGAAAGAGAGAAACAACAUCAGCUAGAAGAGUUUGAGAAGAGAGUUCAGGAGGAGAGAAACACGAGAGAAGAACAAGAAAAGAACUUUGAAGAACAACUGAAACUCGUGAAGGAAGAGAGAGAAGAUCAACUAAAGAGAAGAAGAACAGAGAUGAGAGAGGAGGAAGAGAUGGAGAUCUGCUCUCAAACACGAGCUCCAGUACAGAGACAACAGACUGAUGUCAGAACUGCAGGAGUCAGAUCAGGUCUAUAUCUACAGACGGAAAUGAAAUGGGAAAUUCAAAAGCAUCUGUUUGACAGACUUCAGCUUCAUGAGAGAAAUGACAAUACACUGAGAGCUUCAGAUGUUCUUCAGAUAACUUCACAUUCAUUACAGUCUCUUGAGUCUUGUGCUGAAGAAGAGCUGGUGAAGAAUUAUCUACAGAAACUACUGAUGAUGAACUACAGAGCACGAUACAUUAAAACUAAUGACACCAAUGAACAUCAUCAAACACAACUAACAGACAAACAGUCAAAUGAACACAAUGGAAGUUUUUAUAAAGCUAUGUCUUCAUCUAAUGCAGUAACAAGUAAACCAGACUCUAUUCACCCGAUGGAUGUUCAGAUGGCUUUGUUUCAUUGUUCUGAUAGUUUCCUAAAGCAGAUGAUGGUCACUAAACUCUCUCAGUGUCAGUUUGCUCUUCCUCUGCUUGUUCCUGAUCCAUUCACACAACACAUUGAGUUUCCUCUCUGGACAUUCAGACAAAUCAACAAGAGCUGGAAGGUCAGAAAAACUGACGAUGACAUCAUCAGUAAAGUCCAGUCAGUGUGCACAGCAGAAACUCCGAUGGUGUCGUUCUUCAGGUUUGGUUCUGCGUCUUCAUCUAAAUCUCAGCUGAUGAACAGUCUGAUCAAUGAGAAACACAACACGUUCUUCCACAGAAACUGUCCAGGCAGCAGCAGAACCAGACUACUGAUGGAUGGAGUGGUGGAGAUCGCCUGGUACUGUCCAUCUGGAAAAGACACAGAUACAUUUACUGACUGUGUUGCCUUCUGUAAUCUUCAUGGUGAUGCAGGAGACCACGAGACACAGAUGAAGAUUUUCACUGAAGUGUCUUCAGUCAACGUUGUUCUUCUGACUAAACUUGACAAGAAUGACAAAAACACAACAAAGAUACAAGAUCUGUAUAAAGACAGAAAGCCACUCAUUUGUCUUUUUACUGAGAAUGAAUCUGCUGUAUGUAAGAUGAAGAGAGGAAAAUAUAAGAUUGGUCUGAAAGACAGAAAUCAGUCAGAUGUGUCUGAAGAACUCAGAAGAGUCAUAAAUGAUUGUCUCUCAUCUUCAGCAUCAGCGUUCAUGUUCAGACUUGAAGACGUGUCCAAACACUCAGAUGUCAGAGUAGAUGAAGAUGAUGAAGACUGCAGGAGAGGAAGAGAAGCAGCACAAGAGAUGAUGAGUUUACUGGAGAAUAAACCUCUGACAGAAAUCAAAGAAUCAUUUCUGCCCUGUCAGGGUGAACUGUGGCAUCUGUGGUGUCAGAAGAACAAAGAACUUCAUCGACCUCAAGGGGAGGAGCUAGAACAAGAGAAAAGUAAAAUAGAAACAGAAAUGGAGAACAUUCGUAAACAGCAACACAAAUCUGACAUGAGUGAGUUUAUGAAGUUCUUUAUUAACCAAAUGAACUCACAGGAUGCUAACCGGAUGUUUUUCCUCAAAUGGCUCAGAAUCCUCCUGGAUGAAUUCACUUCAGCUGAUCUUUCUGCUCUGCAUCACAAGUAUAAUGAAAAGUGGUCAACAGUCUUACAACUGAAAGAAAAUAAUGAUAAAUCUGCACAACUCAAGACUGAACAAACAGAACUUGAGAGAAUAUCUAAAGGACUUCAGGAUGCUGCCUUUGGUCUGGAGCACAUCAUGAGAGAGAUCGGUCAGAUCUAUGAAUCAUGUUCAUCUGUGAAGAAGAACAAAACAGAUCUUCAGUUUCCCUUCUCUUCUCUCCCGAGUGUUGCAGCAGAGAUGAUGAUGUCUGGAUUUCCACUGGAGCUGAUGGAUGGAGAUGCUGCUCAUGUUCCUCUGAUCUGGAUCUCUGCUGUUCUAGAUAAACUCAUCCAGAAACUGGGAGAUCAGAGAGUAUUUGUACUGUCAAUUUUAGGGAUUCAGAGCUCUGGGAAAUCCACCAUGUUGAAUGCCAUGUUUGGACUUGAGUUUGCAGUCAGUGCCGGCCGCUGCACCAGAGGAGCGUUCAUGCAGCUGAUCAGAGUCUCAGAGGAGAUGAAACAUCAGAUGAAGUUUGAUUAUAUUCUGGUUGUUGAUACUGAAGGUCUUCGUUCUCUAGAACUGGCUGGAAGAUCCACAACACAUCAUGACAAUGAACUGGCCACAUUUGUUGUUGGUCUUGGACAUCUGACAUUGAUCAACAUCUUUGGAGAAAACCCAUCUGAGAUGCAGGAUAUUCUUCAGAUUGUUGUUCAGGCCUUUCUGAGGAUGAAGAAGGUCAAACUGAAGCCCAGCUGUAUGUUUGUUCAUCAGAAUGUUUCAGACGUCACCGCUGGAGAGAAAAACAUGGAGGGAAAGAGACGACUGCUGGAGACACUGGAUGAGAUGACAAAACUCGCUGCUAAAGAUGAAGUCUGUGAUGAAGAAUGUUUCAGUGAUGUCAUUAAUUUUGAUGUUCUUCAUGAUGUGAAGUAUUUUGCUCAGCUGUGGGAGGGAAGCCCACCAAUGGCACCACCGAACCCAAACUACUGUGAGAAUAUUCAAGAACUAAAAGAGACUAUUAUUUCACAAGCCUCCAAAUCAAAUGGAAUAAUACUGACACACCUACAAAAGCGAAUUCAAGAUCUCUGGGAGGCUUUACUGAAUGAACGAUUUGUGUUCAGCUUCAGGAAUUCUCUGGAGAUUUCAGCAUACAGGAGACUGGAGACAGAAUACAGCAAGUGGUCCUGGAGUCUUCGCAGUGCCAUGAUGGAAAUUGAGAACAAAGUACAAUAUAAAAUAAAUGAAGCAAUUGAUGAGAUUGAAGAAAGAGAUCUUCAGAGAGAACUGAAGGAGAAAAAUGAAGAAGUGAAACAAUCAAUGUCAGAAUUCUUUGAUAAAGACACAGAUGCAGAAACACUGGUUCAGUGGAAAACUUCAUUUGAAAUAAAAAUCACAGAGCUUCAGGAGAACAUUGUGAGAGAAACAAAGAGGAAAUUAAAUGAGAUUCUUCAGCAGCGAGACCUGAAGAGAGAGAUUGAUGCUCAGAGGACACAUCAUGAAAACACUCUCUUAGAAAAGAGCAAAGAACUUGCAUUAAAACACAAAGAGAAAACAAAUGAUGAAGAAACUCUGAAGAGAGAGUUUGAUGUGUUCUGGGAAGAGUGUGUGAAGAAGAUCACCAGAGAUUCUCCUCCAAUCAGAGACAUUGACAUACUGAGAGAUGUGAGAGAACUCCUCAGUGACAUCUAUAAAAGUGUCCAUGUAGAGGCCUGGAGAGAAAGCAGGGAUAUUUUUACUGUUCAGAGUUAUUCAGAUUAUGUUCAGUUCAAGAAAUCCAGUGGAAUUACAGCACCUGUUAGAAAUGCCUACAGAGCAGCUAAAGAAAUCCUUGGAUACAGUCUGUCUAAAGAAGAUGAAACACAAAUAAGAACAUUUAUCUCAGAUGUUGUUCAGCAGACAGACUUGAUUCAGUCAUUUAAUAUCUCAAAGCUGGGCUACAACAUGACCUGCAUUCAACACCUCACAGAUCACAUCAAGACAAAAAUAACAGUAUUUGAAGAAGGACCAGUGAGAUAUGUGUUCAGGAGAGAAUUCUUCAUAGAUUUGGUGUUUUCUAUAUUUAAGAGAGCAAACAAGACAUUCACUGACCAACACAGAAUGUUCAGAGAAGCCAGAGAUCCUGUUUUCUAUGUUAAAAAGAAGAGAGGAGAAUACUAUAGUGUUUUCCAGAAAUACUGUCAAGGAGCAACAUCAGCGGCUAUUUUUGGUGAGAUCAUCUGUCAGAAACUGAAAGAACCCAUUGAACAGAGUGUCUACAAACAGACCGCCAGAGAUUUAGCAGAUGAGAUGAGAUCAAACUGUACAUCACUGAAAGGAAACAGAUCAAAUCUGGAGAAACACAUCCUGAAGAGACUGGCAGAAGAGGAGAACUUUGACAAAUACAUAAACUACAUUAAAAACCCCAGAGAUCACUUCAAGAGUUUCAUCAGAGAUGAAGUGAGUCAGUACAUCAGAGAUCAGUUCAGUGUCAGUGUUCAGCUCAAGAUGAGUCAGAACAUUGAACUCCUGCAGGAGAAGAUCAUGACAGCAGCACAUGAAUCUACUCAACAUGUUCAAGAGAACAGAGGAGAUGUUGAUGUGUGGUUGAAGUUUUUCACACUGAAGCUCUCAGAUGUUCUGAUGUUCUCUGUGAAGGACUUCAGUGGAGUCAACCAUGAUGAUGUUGAUGAUUUCAAACUUCUAGAAGCUGUGAUAAGAACAGAACUUCCUCCAGUAAUGUCUGACAUCAGCAGAGAGUUCAGCACAGAUUCAUUUGAAGUCAAACUGGAUGUGAACUACAGAUCAGAUGAGAUUGUGAUUGGUCACUUGUGUCAGUGCUGUUGGGUUCAGUGUCCGUUCUGUAAAGCCACCUGCACCAACUCAAUAGAGAACCAUGAUGGAGAUCACAGUGUUCCUUUUCAUAGAAUGAAUGGAAUUAAUGGAUUCUAUGAUCAUAAAACAAAUAAUUUCUGUAUAGAUUUAUGCUCAACUGAAGUGUGGAGUUCUAAAUGUUUUAAAUCAUCAGAUAAUUGGAUUUUAUUUAAUGAAUACAGAAGAGCAGGAGGCGUGUAUGCAAACUGGAGCAUCACCCCUGACCUCUCUGAACUGCCCUACUGGAAGUGGUUUGUGUGCAGAUUCCAGAAACAUCUGGAGAGAUAUUAUGAGAAAACAUUCCAGGGUGAAGGUGAGAUUCCAGAUCAAUGGAGACAAUACAGAAAACAAGAUGCUAUUGAGAGUUUAGAUAAAUACACGUAAUGAAGCCUCUGUGACGGACAGGCUUCUCCUGCGGUAGAUGAAUCUGAGACUGUGGUUUUACUGGUCACUUUCUUCAUACAGCAGCUUGACGUUGAGUAUAACCCCCCCCACACACACGCACACGCGCGCACACACACAAACACACACACACACACACACACACACACACACACACACACACACACACACACACACACAGGGACACAUCAAUGAGGUUCAACCUGGCGUUAACCUGGAGUCCCAAACACAGAUCACCUUUUAUUGGACCAGAGAGGACAGCUUCAAACUUAAAAGUUUUCAAGGUUUGUUUUGCAGCCCAAUAAUGUUCCACAACCUUGACAUGAGUCAGACACACAUAAAACAAACAGAUUUCUUACACAGACGACUGCUGAACUCAACUCAAGCAUGAACAUCUCUCUGUUCUAAUGCUGUUUGCUCUGAUUGGUGGAGGGUGAAGCGUGGACUGUAUGUUUGUUAAGGACCCCGUCAUGCAAACCAAAAUGAUAAUGAUGAUGAUGCCAUGAAAACUCGUAUCCACUUAAUAAAUGCCUUUGUGUAGCUGUCCACUGACCUUCAGCUCAUUAUACCUAGACACCUCUUCAGAUGUUAUGGUGGUUUUUCUAAAUAUAUUGAGUUUUCUUAUAUAAAAGAACACAUUUAAGGUAGUUAUAGAGUUCAUGUACUUCUCUGAUCUUAACAAGGGCUAUAGGCCUCAUAGGAUGAGCACCAUUAGACAUCUGCUUAACAUUACAAACACACAGCACACACACUUUUGGAGACAUUAGUCUGUUCAAGUUACAAACAAAAAAACGAGCACUGAUUGUGCUCAAUAUUAUCUUGUCUAAAGUGCAUGUUUACUCUUUGAAGUACACUAAGCUUGGAGUAAUAAAUGACAAUGUGACGUAUAUCUACAUUUUAAAGAUGGAUGUGUGUGUAUAUCUUUCUGUUUAAAGCUUUAAAAGGUUUCGCCACAGUUAAAUGCUGAUAUAGGGAGCGUGACGUUUAACUGUGGAAGGUCAAAAGAGGAUGGACUAAUAAGAACAAGUGAUGUCAUGUAAAACCUGGUUGGUAGAAGAUGAUGUCAGGUAAAACAUGAUUGGUUUGAACUGUGAUAACAACUUGAGAACAGUGUAUAAAAGAUGAGGUCAGAUGUGUAUUCAUUGGACAUCAUCAGAUGAACUCUGUGGCCCGGUUUCACAGACAAGGUUUAAGGCUAGUCCCAGACUAAAAUGAAUGUUUGACCUGUCAUAACUGAGGAUAACUGGCCCAGAAAUAUCUUAAAAUAUGUUAGUGCCAUUGUUUUGUCUCAAGAUGCACACCAGUAAUGUAUUCUUCUAAGGCAUAUUUAUAAAAGCGACAUGAAUAUCUUAAUUCAACUAAGGCAUAGUCCUGGCUUAAGCUAAGCCGUGGCUGUGAAACCGGGCCUGUGUGUCUCACUUUGAUUGCUCGAGCAAAUGACGUUGAAACUCUUGGCAUCUGGAACCCUUGUCUCUGAGAUUUCUUUCUGCGAUGGAAGGCCGAUUCGCCACAACACAGUUUAGGUGAAAAUGUGUCAAUACAAGUUCAAAUCUUGUUUAAGAGAAAUAAAACCUCAUGAAAGAAAUCCUGACUGAGCUUAUCUUC